AUGGCCGACCAGAACCAAGUACAGCAGUGGCACGUUACUGAGCCGUAUCUGGAUUUGCACUGCCAGCUUGGAGAGGGACCCUACUUCGAAAAGGGCACCCAGACGUUGCGCUUUGUCGACAUCAAGCAAAAGCGACUGCACACCGUCUUGGUCACGGAAGGGCCAGAUUCGCUCAAGACCCUCCAGCUCGAUUCACCGAUUGGUGUCACGGCCAACAUCCAGGGUCAGGAUCCGCAGGAAAAGAUUCUAGUGGCGCUCAAGUAUGGCAUUGCCCUCCUCGACCGAAAGACGGGUCAGUAUGACUACUUGACCCGCAUUGGCGGCGAGCCCGACAGAAUGAGAUCCAAUGACGGUGCCGUUGAUCCACAUGGUCGUUUCUGGCUUGGCACCAUGAAUGACUUUCACGUUGGUGAGCCGCAAUCCGAAGGAUCCCUCUACCGAUUCGACCUCGGAAAGUCCAGGGAAGAGGUCGAGUCAGGCUUGAUCAUCCCCAACAGCAUUGGCUGGUCUCCGGAUGGGAAGACCAUGUACUUCACUCACACGCCUGAGAACACGAUUUUUGCGUGGGACUACAACCCCGAGGACGGCAGCCUCUCCAACAAGCGCGUUCACUACAAGCACAAGGAGAAGGGUCACUUGGACGGGUUCAGGGUCGAUAAGGAUGGUAACAUCUGGCACGCCCUGUACGAUGGCGGUUCCGUCAUCAAGAUUUCCCCGGCUGGGGAGAUCCUGGGCCGAAUCAUCCUGCCGACCAACAACAUCACCUGCGUUGAAUUUGUGGGUACCGAGCUGUUCAUCACCAGCGCCGCGGACGAGGACAGCGAGGAGGGGACCCCGAGCAGGAAGUAUGGCGGUGGCCUGUUUAGGGUCGAUGUCGGCACUACCGGAUUGGACCACACCGAGUUUAACCUUGAGCAAAGUUGAUGGUACACCACAAAAUGAUAUAUGCAUGAUUUGCAUACACACAGUGUAUCUGGUCUAUCCCGUCCGCAUGUCUCACUCCGGGGUUCAAGAGAGAGAUUCGAGGACAGUAUGAAUGUAUAUUCAAACUUCCAGCUGUUCACGGACCUGUCUGGUCCUCGGUCAACAGACUAAAUUAGUGAAAGCCGAUGGACGGCGAUAUCCAGAGCUUUGCAUUGAUGUCUCAGAUCUCUCUCUCUUUCUCUUUCUUUCUCUCUCUCCCGGAUGUCUCAAGCGUCUCACUUUUGUUCGUCGCUUCGGUUCGUUUUGUGCCCCACCAUGGGAGGUCUGAGACUGCGGAGUAUGGCCCAGGAGUAGUGUAAACAACCU